AUGUGUAAUGGAAUUCCCCUAGCAGCUUCUAAGAACGCGUAUGAAACGGUAGCGCAGUGGGCAGCUAGAGUGAAGAAUCUAGGAGCAAAGUGCAAAUUUGGAAAAGAUUGGGAUCAAAUCCUUACGGACAAGUUUAUUUCCGGUUUUGAAAAGGGUGAAAUUCUGGACAAAUUUUUUGAACUGGAAGAAAGUGUUACGUUCGACAAAGCAAUCCUCAAGGCCAUGAAGAAGGAAGUCAACGAGGAGGAGGAAGAAGAGGAACGGCUGGUGUCAGUUGGCAGCAGCGGCAGGUCGGCUCACGCGGCGGUAGGUCAAAUGGUACCCAAACCCAGAUGCGAUCGAGCAGGCGCAGCUUCUCUGAGGACAAGAAUAAGGUCGCCGGUGACAGGAAAACAACUUGUGGAGUUUGUGGAAAAUAUGGACAUCUUACAAAAAAUUGUUACAGAGGGUCAAACCAUAGUGGGUACAACCAACUCAAAAAUUGAAGUGAAAAAUAAACCUGAGGCACAUUCACUGGAGGCACCAUACAGCUACACUUGGAGGAGAAUGCCAAGCCUAAAUUUUUUAAGGCUAGACCAAUUCCGUAUGGGAUUAGAAAAAAAGUGGAAGCGGAGAUUCAGAGGUUGGUCAAGGAAAACAUUCUAUAUCCAGUGGACUAUUCGGAAUGGGGUACGCCAAUAGUACCUGUUUGCAAAAAAGAUGGUACCAUGCGUAUAUGUGGUGAUUACAAGGUAACAUUGAAUCCUGUUUUACUUAUUGAUCAGUACCCUUUGCCUCGUAUAGAGGAUUUGUUCAGUCAGUUACAAGGUGGACAACAGUUUACAAAACUAGAUCUCUCUCAGGCAUAUCAACAAAUUUUAUUAGAUGAAAAUUCAAGUAAAUAUACUACUAUAAGUACACAUAAAGGGUUGUUUGCUUAUAAACGUUUGCCUUAUGGGUUAAGUUGUGCGCCAGCUAAGUACCAAAAAAUAAUUGAAAAAGUUUUACAAGGUAUUGAGGGAGUAAUAUGUUUUCUGGACGACAUUUUGAUUACUGGAACUAAUAGUAGUCAACAUUUAGCUAGGGUUGAGCAAGUUUUAAAUAAGCUACAGCAAUUUGGGUUAACUAUUGCCAAAGAAAAAUGUGAAUUUUUUAAGGAUAGUGUUGUAUACUUAGGGCAUAAGAUAGAUAAAAAUGGGUUACAUACGUGUAAGGAUAAGGUAGAAGCGAUUAAACUUAUACCAUAUCCGACAAAUAUUACUCAAUUGCAAUCAUUUUUGGGACUUGUAAAUUAUUAUAAUAAAUUUGUUCCUAAUAGUUCAACUUUAUUAGAACCUUUAUAUAGACUAUUAAAGAAGGGGGUUACAUGGAAUUGGGAUAAUAAUUGUAAAAGGAGUUUUAAUCAGAUUAAAGAAAUAUUAGCUUCAGAUAUAGUGUUAGCACAUUUUGAUCCAGAUUUACCAAUAAAAUUAACUGUGGACGCUUCAUCGUAUGGAGUGGGUUGUGUUCUAUCCCAUAUGUAUCCUAAUGGCGAUGAAAGGCCAAUAGCAUAUGCAUCAAGUACCUUAUCCAAGGCACAGAAAGGUUAUAGCCAGAUUGAAAAAGAAGGACUAGCCAUUAUUUUUGGUAUUAAACGAUUUCAUCAAUAUUUAUACUCGAAAAAAUUUACUUUAGUUACCGAUUGUAAGGUGUUGUUAACUAUAUUUGGUAAAAAUAAAGGUAUUCCUCAAAUGACAGCAAAUCGUUUGCAACGAUGGGCACUAAUAUUGUCAAGUUAUAACUAUGAUUUAGAAUACACAAAAUCACAUAAAAAUAAUGCAGAUUUUUUGUCCAGAUUUCCUGUUAUUAACGAGUUAAUGGAAAAUUUUAAUUAUUCAUAUUUGAAUUAUGUCGAAAAUAACGUAGAUUUACCGGUUGAUUGUGAAGCAGUUAGAAAUGAAACGGAAAAUGAAACAUUACUUAAGGAGGUAAAGCAAUAUAUUAAAAACGGGUGGCCUGUGAGAGUAUCUGGGGAUGUCAAACUGUAUGCCAAAUUUAAAAACAAUUUAAGCCUUGAGAAUGACAUAAUUACGUUUGGAUAUAGAGUGUUAAUACCUCAGAAUCUCCGAAAACAAAUUUUAAAGGAAUUACAUAGCACACAUCAGGGUGCUGUGAAAAUGAAAAGUGUAGCUAGGUCUUAUGUAUGGUGGCCCCAAAUGAAUAGGGACAUUGAAAAAUUAGUUAAAAGUUGUACAUUUUGUUUACCUAAUAAAAGUACACCCCCGAAAGCUUCUUUAAUAACAUGGCCAUUUCCUGAACAGUGUUGGGAAAGAUUACAUGUCGAUUUUUUAGGCCCAUUGUUAGGUAAAUAUAUUUUAGUAGUGGUAGAUGCAUAUAGCAAGUGGGUGGAAGCUUUUGUCACUAAUAACAUGACUUCUGUGACAAUCAUAAAUGUUUUACGCAAUAUUUUUGCAAGAUUUGGACUAUGUAAAUAUUUAGUGGCGGAUAACGCCAGAUAUUUUACAUCUGAUGAGUUUCAACUUUAUUUAAGGGAAAAUGGUAUAAAAUUCAAAAACAUACCUCCAUUUUCGCCAGCAACUAAUGGUGCGGCAGAAAUUGUGGUAAAAUAUUUAAAAAAUGCAAUUAAAUCUUGCAACGUUCGGAAUCCAAUAGACUUACCGAUAAUCUUAAAUAAAAUAUUAUUAAAUUACCGUAACACCAUACAUGCAACUACAAGUUAUUCGCCAGCACAAUUGUUGUUAGGUAGAAAUUUAAGAACUAGAUUAGAUUUAAUUAAGGAAAAUAAUGAACCAGUUAAAGUAGAUUUAGAUAAAUUAAAGAAAAAUGUUAGUGUAAAUCAAAGUAAACAGAAAAAAUUUUAUCAUGGUAAAAGAAUUACAUCAUUUAGUGUAGGAGAUAGCGUAGCUGUAAGAGAUUAUAGGGAUGUAAAUAAAAAAAAUUGGAUUUCGGGAGUAAUUAGAAGCAAGUUAGGGCCUAGAACUUAUAUAGUGUUUAUACCUAAGUUGUCUAAGGUGUGGAAAAGACAUUUAAACCAAAUUAUACAAUAUAAUUCCGAUAAUUUGAAUACACAUCUUAUGACUGAAAACAUUCAUGGUACAAACUCGGACAAGUUAACAAUAAUACCUAGUAAUCCAGUAGAACAUCAAAUAAUAGAUGAUAUUUUGCCUAAUAUU